AAGAAGGCCCGUCGGAGCCGUUGUGCUGUCCGCCUUUUGGAGCGCCAUGUUUGCGCGAACAAAAGCACCAAAACUGCGCAGCAAACCUCCGCAAAUCUGCGGUAGAACAAUGUGAGAGGGUUUGGCGUGAAUCUCUGAGAGAAAGAGAGAAAGAGAGGAGAUCCGGGGUCCCGCCAUGCCGUUUCCGAUCACAAAUCAGGUGCAAACGGCACAGCAGACCACCAAGCACUAUGGGAUCACGUCUCCGAUCAGCCUGGCCUUGCCGAAGGAAUCGGACCUGGCGCUGACUCAGAAACUGACAGAGGCGUUGAAGCCGUUUGGGGUGUUUGAGGAGGAGCUGGAGCUGCAGCGAAGGAUCCUGGUUUUGGGGAAAUUGAAUACACUGGUUAAGGAAUGGAUCCGUGAGAUCAGUGAAUCUAAGAAUAUACCGGCCUCGUUGAUAGAUAAUGUUGGAGGAAAAAUAUUUACAUUUGGCUCCUACAGGUUAGGAGUCCACACGAAAGGUGCUGAUAUAGAUGCUCUUUGUGUCGCCCCUCGACACGUGGAGAGGACAGACUUCUUCUCCUCUUUUUAUGAGAAAUUGAAAGAGCAAGAGGAGGUCAAAGACUUGAGGGCUGUGGAGGAGGCAUUUGUUCCUGUGAUUAAACUGUCAUUUGAUGGCAUUGAGAUCGACAUACUGUUUGCCCGGUUAGCGCUGCAGACCAUUCCGGAGAAUUUAGAUCUGCGAGAUGAUGGUCUAUUGAAGAACUUGGAUAUCCGUUGUAUAAGGAGCCUCAAUGGUUGCAGGGUCACUGAUGAGAUUCUUCACCUGGUGCCCAACAUUGAAAAUUUCAGGCUUACUCUUAGAGCCAUCAAACUGUGGGCCAAACGUCAUAACAUCUACUCAAACAUACUGGGUUUCCUGGGUGGUGUUUCGUGGGCCAUGCUGGUGGCUCGUACCUGUCAGCUUUACCCCAAUGCUGUGGCCUCGACCCUUGUGCACAAAUUCUUCUUGGUUUUCUCCAAGUGGGAGUGGCCAAAUCCAGUUCUUUUGAAACAGCCAGAGGAUUGCAAUCUCAACCUGCCAGUCUGGGACCCAAGGGUGACUCCUAGUGACCGAUACCACCUCAUGCCCAUCAUCACACCAGCCUAUCCCCAGCAGAACUCCACAUACAAUGUGUCUGUGUCCACCCGGAACAUCAUGGUUGAAGAGUUCAAACAGGGUCUAGCCAUCACGGAUGAAAUACUGCAGAACAAAGCAGAUUGGUCCAAACUAUUUGAAGCUCCAAACUUCUUUCAAAAAUACAAGCAUUAUAUUGUGUUGCUAGCAAGUGCGUCCACUGAGAAGCAGCACCUCGAGUGGGUUGGCCUUGUUGAAUCCAAGAUCAGAAUUCUGGUGGGAAACCUGGAGAAGAAUGAGUUCAUCACACUUGCUCAUGUGAAUCCACAGUCGUUUCCAGGACCCAAGGAAGGCAGUGAAAAGGAGGAAUUCAGCACAAUGUGGGUAAUUGGGAUUGAUUUCAAGAAAAUGGAAGGGUCCGAGCACCUCAAUGUGGACUUGACCUUUGACAUCCAGUCCUUCACAGACACAGUGUACCGCCAGGCUAUCAGCAGUAAGAUGUUUGAGCCUGACAUGAAAAUAACAGCAAUGCAUGUGAAGAGGAAGCAGCUUCACCAGCUCCUGCCAGACCUGGUCAUCCUGAAGAGGAGAAAGCAUUCAACCGAAGGCCUACGUGCUAUGAAUGAGAGCAGUGUGGACUUGUCACUGGACAGUGACAACAGCAUGUCCAUGCCUUCCCCUACUGGCGCAUCCUCUUCUGCUGCUGCCAAGAGUGGUGUCUCUGCCAGUCCUCACAGCUCCACAGGGACCACUACCAACUCAGAUUCUCAAGGUAAAGCGGACACUUCUGGAGGCACGGCUCCUGUUGGAGCCGAGGGGUCCACAGCACAUCUGGUAGAGUCCUCUAGCAGCAGGAACACUACCAACAGCCCUCCUCUCAUGGGUCCGCCUGUGGGGAAGAGACCCGGCUCGCCCCUUCAGGCUGAUAAGGACAAGAAGAUCAAAUUAGAAGGGGAGUCUACCUCAGAAGUGAAGGCCAUAGUGCAAAGGGAGGGACAGACGUCUGCAGAGUCUGAGGCUUCUGUAGAAGGAGAGGUGAAAAUAGAGACUGAGAUGACAGAGCUGGGUACAGACGAGAAACCUCCAGCUCAGAAAAUGCCCAGCGCAGAGCUCUCCGACAUCCCUCUCCUGCCGGCCAACCCCAUCCCAGUGGUGAAAAACUCCAUAAAGCUGAGACUCAGCAGGUAGAGUCACUCAGGUCGUCCGCCUCUCUUCCAGCAGCCAGAUGAAAGACCCUCAAAGCUGGCGACUGCCUCAGGUGCAGCCUGAACUUGAGAGGCGCUGUGCUUUGCUCUAUCCACAAGAGGGCAGCGCUGCUCUUCCCUACAAAUUCCUCACUGAUGGUUGUAAUCUUCAGUCCUUUCCCUCCAUGGAGAAAACAGUGAUUUAAUAAUAAAUAUGAUGUCAUGCCCUCACAACCUCAUUGUACUGACUAAACAUGUGUUAGUGUGAGCACGUGCACAUAAAGCUUGUAUAUUCCCAUAGUCGCAUCUGUUUUUGUCUUCAGAGACACAGAACAUCUCCUUUAUGAGUGUGCUUUUUUUUUUUUUUUUUUUGGUGAUUCUGUAAUAAUGUGGCAUAUUUUUUUAGGCUGCAGUAGGUUUGAUUGGAUGUCAAUCCACUGUAUGCAGACUUUGCUUUUUUCUGGACAUCAGGAUCAAAAGGUGCUCAGCUGGACAAGCUGCAUCAGGUUAGUCAGGACUAAUGAAAGUAGUCGUGUUUUGUAUACAACUAAAGACGGAACUAGCUCAUUUGAAUGAAUGUUGCUCAGUGAUGAAUAUAAUUUGACCAAAUGUAAUCUCUAAUCUGAGAUUAUGCCAGUCUAAACAUGUACUCUGCUGUGUUGCCUUGAAAGCAUCAACAAGUGGUCUCUAUAACGUGGGAUGGAACAGGUAGUGCUUUCCUGUUGAUCUUUAGUUCUUUCUAUAUCUGCUGGCAACGUCUUGUUUUACCUUCUAUAAAUCUGUUAUGGUGAAAAGAGGAAAAUUUGCUUUUAUUUGCUUUUGAACUUUUCUUUGUCAGGUUUCUUUUUUUUUUAACUAACAUGGAAUAAGUGAUGUAUAUUUAAAUAAGAUUUGAUCUAGCAUUAUUAGUACAUAAGCCCAAACAUAUGCUGUCAACUCUUGAAUACCAUGAGACGCAAAUCAAAGCAGUAGUCUACGGAGUGUGAAUUUAAUGGUAGGAGAAUAAUUUAGUUGACUCUUGAAAUGCGUUCAGGCUUUUCUUAUUCAAUAUUUUGCUGAUGCGUUACGAGAUUCAUUUGUCUUAAUUGUACAUGUGAAUCAUGUGGACACUCAUAACCGUAAUGCUGCCCCAAGAAUACUGUUAUUCCACUUCUGUAUUUCACCUCAGCAGUGAAGACUCUUGGUUCCGGUAUUCAGUUCUCAACUUUACAGGCUUAUUUGUAAGGACGAGCUAUUGUACUUUUUUCACAAAUAAAGGUCUACGAAGUUGCAAAGAAA